GUAUGAGUUAACAGAAUAUGAACUGUUAAAAGGUAACUUCUUUUUUUAAAUCAUAUUUUUUGGAGUAGCGGCUCGCAGAUGCUAAAUGAAUAUAGGGGAAACACUGGAGAUGUUAGACACUUGGACCCUUGAACCUUCUGAGGGGUUGCAAACCCACUUCCUCUUGGAGAAGUGUGCAGACUUUUAUUCCAGCCCUGCUCUAAAACACCUGAUUCAGCUGAUCAAAGGUGAUUAGUAGAAUCAGGUGUGUUACAGUAGGGCUGGAGCAAAUGCCUGAAAACCCUGUAGCUUUUCAGGGGAGGAUUGGCAAGCACUGGCUGAAUGUCCUUAGUGUUUCAGGUGUGUCAACACAGAGAUGUAACGUUACAGCCACAACCACUGAUUCAAUACUUUAUAAGACGGUGACAUUGGUGAGAAGCACACCAAGCUCGGACCGGCAUCAUUGAAAGUUAACGGCUCCUGACCUGUCAACAACUGGUGUUAACGAUGUCAGGUGGUGCGAGCUUCAUGAGCAAGGUGCGGUCUGCCUUUAGGAAGGAGCCAGAGAACUGGGACCUGAGCGACACCGCACCCUUUGACCUCUCCGGUGACGAACUCGUGGAGGAUGAAGCGCCCAAAUUCAACAAACUCAAAGUGGUGGUUUCCGGUGAGAUGGAGGACUACGCAGCCGGGGCAUCGCCGAACGGCGUCGUGGUGAACACAGUGGUGGUGGACGAUGACGACUCGCUGCUCGACUCGUCCUCAGGGAGCUUGGGGAGCCCCAGUGUCAACAUGGACCGGUUGCAGUGUGAGAGCUGCACGAGGAAGAGAGAGGGGGUUAAACGGAGGAGAGUGAUGAAGAAGUUGGUGUGCGCCUCUGUGUUGUAUUUCCUCUUCAUGAUUGGAGAACUGAUAGGUGGUUAUGUAGCUAACAGUCUGGCCAUAAUGACUGAUGCUCUCCACAUGUUAACUGACCUGAUUGGGAUAGUGGUAUCUCUACUGGCGUUGUGGCUGUCUGCUAAACCACCCACCAACAGAUUCACCUUCGGACUGCAUCGCCUGGAGGUGGUCUCAGCCGGUAUCAGUGUGUUACUCAUUUACAUCCUAACGGGGGUGUUGUUGAACGAGGCGGUGCAGAGAACUGUCAGUCAGGACUUUGAUAUCAACGGAGAUGCCAUGCUCAUCACUGCAGCUGUGGGGGUCGCUGUCAACCUAGUUAUGGGUUUCCUCCUGAACCAGACCGGUAACGGUCACCUCCACUCCCACGGGGGUCAUGGUCACUCCCACGGGGGUCCCCCUCCACCCUCACACGGCCAUGGCCACAGCCACGGUGGCCCCCCAGCCCAGGGGCAGCAGGGUCCCCAGGGCAGCCUGGCGGUCAGGGCAGCCUUCAUCCAUGCACUGGGAGACCUGGUCCAGAGUAUAGGGGUCCUCAUCGCUGCCUACAUCGUACGCUUCAAGCCAGAGUACAAGCUGGCGGACCCCAUCUGUACCUACAUCUUCUCUAUCCUGGUGCUGUUCACUACGAUACGCAUCAUACGAGACACGGGAGUCAUCGUCCUCGAGGGGGCACCCAGGCAUGUGGACGUUCAGCGAAUCAGAGAAGACCUUCUGAAGUUGGAGGACGUCCAAUCAGUGGACGAGCUCAACGUGUGGGCGUUAACCGGCGACAAGACCACCGCCCUCGCACACCUGCAGCUUUCGCCCUCUAGUGCCAGUGCGUGGGAGGACGUGCAGGCCAAGGCCAGACACCUGUUGAUACACACCUACGGCCUGACCAGGUGCACUGUGCAGGUCCAGACACACAGAAACAGGGCUACACACACCUGCACACGCUGCCGAGAGUCCACCGCAUAGCCUAAAAAAAUAAAACCACACAGAGUCUGAGGACGUUAUACCAGACUGGUGUCAAAGCGUAGUGAACUGAACUGAUCUAUGCCAUCGGCAGGAUACUCGGACGGACAGUCGGACGCACAUUUAUUUUUAAAGGACAGCUGAUUCCUCCUGGGCUGUUAACCUGCCUGCAAAGUUUUCUGAAGAGGAGGGGUUGAACGCAUCUUAACCUUUCAACAAAAACAAAAAAAGACAUAUCUAUAAUAAUCACCAUUAAAGCCUGUAAAUGUUGAUAAUUUAACAUUAUUCCUUUUGUUACUUUACUUAUAUAAUUGAACUGUGUUAAUGUGUUUGUUUGUGAGAGCUGUAUACUUUGACUGUAUGUGUUUCGAGUGGGGUGAUAGCAGGGAAUGAGUGUGUCUCUGUAGGUGAAUCUCAAUUCUAUUUCCUUGAUUCCUUCUCAAAACGCAUCGGAGGAGAUGGUCCUAGGGGAGGAACAUCAGAUUCAAUACAAUUAAGAUUCACCCUGUCUGUCAUAUCCUCUCCUCACAAGGUAGAACCACUGGGAUCUACUCUGACCUGUUCAGGACCAAUCCUAACAUGAGAUAUGCACCUGUAUGUAAAGUCUGGCACGCCAAUGCAACAACUUACACAGAAAUACAAGUUAACUGUGUGAUUUAUCUGAAGUUAGUAUUGGUCCUCUAGUGUAGCGGAGAGGCCUGUAUCAGUGUUUGACAAGGUUGAUGUGAGGCUGUCAGAAAAUGUUACUAGCUGUCCAAUCCUUUCUUCCUCUGUCCUUGUUUCUUUAACUCUUCUCAAAGCUAAUUGGCAGAGAGGAUCCAAGGUCCUACCCUCUGACGACCUCCUCCAAUGAGCUUUGAGAGGAAUUGAGGAAAAAAGGAGUGAGAAGCUAGUAAUGUUUUCAGGCACAGCCAGAGAUGAGGCCCAGGCCGGCUCUAAAAGGUUAAUCCAUACAUCUGAUCGUGUUAUUGAUCAUCUGAUGAUCGUGUCAAUAUUGCCUUUGCUAAUGUUUGAAAAUGUCUUCUCCUUCUUUGCUCAUUGUGUUGAACCAAUAGACAGAGAGAAGUGUUGUUUUUAUGUUAAAGGGUUGUGUUUCUUUGACUUGUUUCUUUAAGUUAACUUCUUCUAGCUGAAAACAGUAAAUGGACAAUGAAAGUGACUUUGUGAAUCAUGUGUAAUACUGUAGUAGGGUAAUACAUGACUACUGCCUCUAGUUAAUUUCAGCCAGUUUUAUUUAAUUCUCAUCAGAUUGAUUGAUUGAGCCUGUCAACAUUUCAGAUAGGCAGUAUUUUUCCAUAAGCAUUAUGAGGGCUGUGAGAUAAUAUGCCAAUAUUUAUCAUAUGCAUAAUUCAAAGCCAUAUUUAUUAUGUGUGUAUAUAAAUACAUAUGGGUUUGGCAUCAUCAUGUCUUCAGGUCUUGGUUGGUUCCUUAAUAACCACUAACUGUCCUAGUCCUCCUGUCCCAGCUUAUCAACAUGAGGUUGGUUGGAACUGACAAAUGUAUUUUCCUUUCUCUUAACUGCAAAUCAGAUCAGUAUAUGCAUUACCUGCCUUGUGUUGCGCUUGUUUUGAUGUUUAUUUUAUUUGGUCGAUCAUGUGUCAGGGUUGCCUCUCUACAGCAGCACUCACCAGUGUUUCUGUGAUUUGCACAUUCAUUCCUUCAACCUGAACACUUCUUAAGGCUCUGCUCCAAUAUCCACUACGUAGACUGAAGUAUGGUUACAUCCCAAAUGGCAUAGCUUCUAAGUGGUAAACUAGUAUGGGCAUGAGAACCGAGCCUUCUAUUCUCUUAUCAGGAUGCAGUAUUGCCCGGUUGUUGAUCACAUGAUCAGCUGUUUGUUUACGUGUGAAUGAUUCAUGGUUAUCAAUCUUUAGUUAAUUUAUCACUAGACCGAGACCUGUCUCAGUCUCACUCACGCUUCCCUUUACUAAACUAACACAGUACGACUAUCACUGUCUCAACUUAAAGAUUUGUUGACUGGAAACAUGUGAAUGAAGAACCUGUUACAUUUAGAAAUAAAUAUUUUAUUUUGAACACCCACCUAAA